AUGGGAAUUUUCAUCUCAAACAAGCCUGACCUUACCAUCACUGCAUAUUGUGACUUAGACUGGGCUGCUUGUCCUGAUUCAAGGAAGUCAGUUAGCGGUUAUUUAGUGCUUAUGGGUGACAGUCCUAUCAGCUGGAAGUCUAAGAAACAAGCUACUAUUUCAUUAUCCUCUGCAGAGGCAGAAUACAGAGCUGUGCGACAAGUAGUAGGUGAACUGGUUUGGCUUGAAAGGUUUUCUGUGACAGCUAAGUUGCAGUACAUAUUGCCAAGAAUCCAGUUUUUCACGAACGAACCAAACAUAUCGAAAUUGAUUGCCACUUUGUUAGAGAUAAACUUCAGCAGGGCCUGA